CCAAGCCCAAGCUGCCGGGGGGCGACACCAUCAACGUGUUCACGGUGGCGAGCGGGCACAUGUACGAGCGACUGCAGAAGAUCAUGAUCCUGUCCGUACUGCGACACACGCAGUCGAGGGUCAAGUUUUGGAUCAUCCAGAACUACAUGAGCCCGCAGCACAAGCAGGUCCUCCCCGCGCUGGCUGAGCGGUACGGCUUCGAGUACGAGUUCGUGACGUACAAGUGGCCGCACUGGCUGCACAAACAGACCGACAAGCAGCGGCUCAUCUGGGCGUACAAGAUCCUGUUCCUGGACGUGCUGUUCCCGCUGGGCCUGCCCCGCAUCAUCUUCGUGGACAGCGACCAGGUGGUGCGGGCCGACCUGGCGGAGCUGUACCACAUGGACCUCAAGGGCGCCCCCUACGCCUACACCCCCUUCUGCGACAACAACAAGGAGAUGGACGAGUACCGCUUCUGGAAGGGCGGCUUCUGGCGGGACCACCUGCAGGGCAAGCCCUACCACAUCUCCGCGCUCUACCUGGUGGACCUGAAGCGCUUUAGGCAGAUCGCGGCAGGUGACCAGCUGCGGGUGGUGUACGACCAGCUGUCCAAGGACCCCAAUAGCCUGGCCAACCUGGACCAGGACCUGCCCAACUACGCGCAACACAGCAUUCGCAUACACUCGCUGCCGCAGGAGUGGCUGUGGUGUGAGAGCUGGUGCGGCAAUGCCACGAAGGACAAGGCUAAGACCAUCGACCUGUGCAACAACCCUCGCACCAAGGAGCCCAAGCUGGCCGCCGCGCGCCGCAUCAUCGGGCCGCUGUGGGAGCAGCUGGACGCACAGCAGGAGGAGGUGACGCGGGAGGUGCAGAGCCGGCUGGAGGCGGCCGAGGCGGGGGCAGCAGUGCCGCCUCUCCCUGCAGCGGCAGGGCAGAGGGGGGAGGCUUCUGCAGCAGUCGGAGCAGCGCAGCAGCAGCAGCAGCAAGAUGAGGAUGGGGACGGGGCGCAGGGCUGGGAGGUGGAGACGGAUGCGGAUGCGCCGCGGGACCGAAGCGAGCUGUGAGGGGAGGAAGUGGUUGGGGGCAGACACGGAGGAAGCCGAGCAGACACGCUCGUCUCUUGGGAAUCCGCAAGGAAGGGCAGCAAGGGGGAAGGCAGUGAAGAUAGAGCCGCAUGUCUGGGCCGCUUGAAGACAUGAGGUGUUGCGUGUUUAUUAUGAGGGUUCAUCUGCAAUCUGUGCUUGGCUCUACAGCUUGAAUGGCUGGAUGAGGAGGUGGCAAGGAAGGCUUAAACAGAGGAGCGAUUGCUGGUUCGGGAAGCCUUAGGAGCCUUAGUUAAGCGCCGCGUUAGACUGCCCCAGUGUCCCUUGGGAUGGAAACAUUGACUAGAAGUUUAUGAAGUGCCGCAUAUCUAGCGUGUGACUCCACCUGUGAGCUUGGGAUACCCGUAUCAGGUGCGUGGCUGUCAGAUUAGCAUUAUGACAGUGCGACUCGGACGUCGCAUUGUACGGCGGCCAGGAUCCUUGUGAUGAAUAUGCCGUACCUCCAGCUGCUAGCGGUUAGUGCAGUUUCCCGUCGCCGGUUAGGUCUUAAGGUGCAUACGAGUGGCAUCUGUUGUUGGGCGUGUAUGGAAUGAAGUCCGGCGAAUCCGGUUUGUGACGACUAACCAGGAGCCCGCGUACUGCGGAUUUCGCCGCGGCGAUUCGGACGAUUGCUCU